AUGACAGGAUUCCCCAUGACAGACUCAGGCAGCCCAGAACUAACUCAGCUCCGACUGGUGAACGGCCCGAGUCGCUGCGCUGGGAGAGUUGAAGUAUUUCAUAACAAGAAGUGGGGAACAGUGUGUGAUGACAGCUGGGACUUACAGGAUGCUGGAGUCGUGUGCAGGCAGCUGGGUUGUGGGACGGCGCUAUCAGCCCCCAUCAGGGCUCAUUUUGGGCGUGGAUCUGACCAUAUCUGGCUGGAUAAUGUCAACUGCACAGGGACAGAAGCUGCCCUCUCCUAUUGCAGGGCUCAGCCUUGGGGAGACAAUAACUGUAACCAUGGAGAAGAUGCCGGUGUUGUGUGCUCAGAUUCCAGAAUCUCAGAAGUGGCUCAGCUCCGACUGGUGAACGGCCCGAGUCGCUGCGCUGGGAGAGUCGAGGUGUUUCACAACCAGUUGUGGGGAACCGUGUGUGAUGACUACUGGGAUUUAACUGAUGCUGGAGUUGUGUGCAGGCAGCUGGGCUGUGGGACAGCAUUAUCAGCCCCAGGCGGAGAUCGAUUUGGGCGAGGAUCUGACCAUAUCUGGCUGGAUGAUGUUCACUGCACAGGGACAGAAGCUGCCCUCUCCGAUUGCAGGGCUCGGCCUUGGGGAGACAAUAACUGUAACCAUGGAGAAGAUGCCGGUGUUGUGUGCUCAGAGUCCGGCAUCUCAGAAAUGACUCCGCUGCAACUCGUGAACGGUUCGCAUCGCUGCGCUGGGAGAGUCGAGGUGUUUCACAACCAGCAGUGGGGAACCGUGUGUGAUGACAGCUGGGACUUACAGGAUGCUGGAGUUGUGUGCAGGCAGCUGAGCUGUGGGACAGCGUUAUCAGCCCCCACUAGGGCUCAGUUUGGACAAGGAUCUGACCAUAUUUGGCUGAAUAAUGUCAACUGCGCAGGGACAGAAGUUGCCCUCUCCGAUUGCAGGGCUCAGCCUUGGGGAGAGAAUAAUUGUACCCAUGGAGAAGAUGCCAGUGUCGAGUGCUCAGACUCAGGCGUUUCAGAAGUGGCUCAGCUCCGAUUGGUGAACGGCCCAAGUCCCUGUGCUGGGAGAGUCGAGGUGCUUCACAACCGUCAGUGGGGAACCGUGUGUGAUGACAGCUGGGACAUAACUCAUGCUGGAGUCGUGUGCAGGCAGCUGGGCUGUGGGACAGCGCUAUCAGCCCCAGGUGGAGCUCAGUUUGGGCCAGGAUCAGACCAUAUCUGGCUGGAUGAUGUUCACUGCACAGGGACAGAAGUUGCCCUCUCUGAUUGCAGGGCUCGGCCUUGGGGAGAGAAUAACUGUAACCAUGGAGAAGAUGCCGGUGUUGUGUGCUCAGACUCAGACAUUCCAGAGUUGACUCCACUCCGACUGGUGAACGGUCCGAGUCGCUGUGCUGGGAGGGUCGAGGUGCUUCACAACCAGCUCUGGGGAACCGUGUGUGAUGACGGCUGGGACAUAACUGAUGCUGGAGUCGUGUGCAAGCAGCUGGGCUGUGGGACGGUGUUAUCAGCCCCAGGUGGAGCUCGAUUUGGGCCAGGGUCAGACCGAAUCUGGCUGGAUGACGUUCACUGCACAGGGACAGAAUCUGCCCUCUCCAGUUGCAGGACUCGGCCUUGGGGAGACAAUAACUGUAACCAUGGAGAAGAUGCCGGUGUUGUGUGCUCAGGCUCAAGCAUCUCAGAAGUGGCUCAGCUCCGACUGGUGAAUGGCCCUAGUCGCUGUGCUGGGAGAGUCGAGGUGCUUCACAACCAGCAGUGGGGAACUGUGUGUGAUGGCAGCUGGGGCUUGUCCGAGGCUGAAGUUGUGUGCAGGCAGCUGGGCUGUGGGACGGCGUUAUCAGCACCACGUGGGGCUCGGUUUGGAGAAGGAUCUGCCCGUGUGUGGCUGGAUGAGGUUCAGUGCACAGGGGCAGAAGCUGCCCUCACCGAAUGCAGGGCUAAGCCUUGGGGAGAGCAUGGCUGUAACCCCGGAGAAGAUGCCAGUGUUGUGUGCUCAGAUCAGGGCCAGCUGAGGCUGCAGCUGACGAGUGGCCCAAGCCCCUGCUCUGGGCGAGUGGAGGUGCUGAUUAACAACACCUGGAGUGCCGUGUGUGAUGCCGGCUGGGGCCUGCCAGAGGCAGGGGUGGUGUGCAAGCAACUGGGCUGUGGCACAGCGCUGUCAGCCCCAGGGCUUGCUCAGUUCGGCCACGGGGCCGGCGACGUCUGGCUGGAGGGUGUGAGCUGCUCGGGUCAGGAGUCUCUCAUCAGUGAGUGCCAGCUGAGCCGGCUGGGUCCCAGGCUGUGUGGACGUGGCUCCGAGGCCAGCGUGGUGUGUGCCAGGCAGGCCGCCUUCUUCACCACGGGGCUCCCUCUCCUGCCAGCCCUGGCUCUGGUGCUGGAGGCUGUUAUCCCUGCAGGCAAAUCCAGAACACAGAUCUAG